UGGGUUGUUGUUUCCUAUCCGCCAUUUUCCAGUCGCCAUUGAAAGGUGAAAACUUCACUAAAUGUCGGUGAUGAUUUUAAGAUUUUGAGUGGUUUCUUUAAGAUUGAACCCGUUAUUAGUGUUGUGAUAUGAAAAUGAAGUGCCCCGGACUACCAUGACGCAUCAAAAUCACCAAACAAACGGUGCAAGUCUCGAGGAUUGCCACACGAACUUCUUCGCCUUGACGGAGCUCUAUGGCAUAAAAUGGCGUAAGCUCGUAUGGGGGGAGACGAAUGGCGGCGGAGACGGGGAGGAGGGUGGUGCGCCGCUGGCUGACCCUGUGAUCAGCAGCUAUGCGCGCUGCCUAGCUGGCGACAUCCUGUGCGUGUGGCGGCGAGUGCCAGCGCCGCCACCGCCCGACAAUAUCUAUGAGAUGAGCACGCCCGUCCCGCCGCCUCUCUCCCUCCGAGCCGCUAAAGAGCUAUGGAUUUUCUGGUAUGGCGAAGAACCUGACCUCAAUGGUCUCGUUGCACCGGAAUUAAUUGCAAGCCAAGGUGACCAGGGAUCGUGGGAGAGUGGACUCUCGUAUGAAUGCCGCUCGCUGCUGUUCAAGGCUCUUCAUAACCUUAUUGAAAGAUGCCUACUGUCGCGGGACUUCGUGAGGCUCGGAAAAUGGUUCGUCCAACCUUACGACGGCGACGAAGAAGAAGUCGGCAAGAGUCCAUGGCACCUUUCAUUCUCGUUCGCGUUCUUCCUGCACGGCGAGAGCACGGUGUGCGCGUCCGUGGACGUGCGACAACACCCCCCCGUGAGGACGCUCACCGCCAAGCGACUCGCCAAGAUCAACUCGCCCGACAACCAGGCUGAUGCCAAAGUGAUCCUGGCUCCUUUUGGUCUAGAAGGCACGUUGACGGGCCGUGAGUGGAGCGAUGCGGACGCUGGUACGGCGCGACUGUUGGAUGCCUGGCGACAGCUCUACCCCUUGGAGCAAGGCUGUGGCGCUGUCGAGGUGGUGUGUGGCGGCGCGCGCAUGCGCUACCCGUGGCCGUACGUGCUGGUGACGCACAUGGAGGCCGGCGCUGCGCCCGCGCAACACGACCCCGCGCACGCACGCGCACUCGCCGCGCUCACCACGCCCGCGCCGCACAAGCCACCCGAGAUCUGCUACGGUGAGGCUGCGGGCGAUAAGACCGAAGACUUCAUCGAUCCCACCAGAAAAACUCCUUGUACCUGUGCGAAAUGGCGGCGCCGGCGCGCGGCGCGGCCGCCCCCCUUCCACCGCCGCGCGCCUCGCCCGCCGCGCCUCGCCACACACAGCGCUGCGCCGGGUCCGGGCGCCGCGUGUUCCCCGGCCAGCUGUGGCGGAGGCUCCCCUGCGCCGGGCGGCUCUGCCCCACCUUCAGCUGGGGCACCACCACCUUCGCCCCAUCACCAGCCCUUGCCUAAUCACCAGUCAACGGGCAUAGUACCAACGACACUCCAUACGCCUGCGCCGACGCCGGACCCGCACGCUCCACCGACGCCCGCGCCACCAUCGUUACCGCCGCCCAAAACUUAUACGCAGGCGGGGUCCCCGGGCGAGGCGUGGGCGUGGCGGCGACCGGUGCUGGCUGCGCCGGCGCCGCGCGCGGACCCGCUCGAGGACGAACACGCGCUGCACAUGCUCUACGACUACACCACCGUGCACGCUUGGUUGGAGCACCCUGUGAAGCGGUUCAAGUCGUCGCAGAACAGUUUCCGCGAGGAGAUGGCGCUGGGCGCCGGCGCAGCUGGGGACCUCUACGCAGGCCACGACCACACCAAGAUGGCCGCCAUGCGGGACUCGCAACAAGACCUCAAACAGGAGAAAAUCGACCAAAACGAGGAUACAAAAGAGUACAAGAAUCUAUUCACGUCGGACGGUCUAUGUCCGACGCUAAAGGACUUAGAGCAAAUUUUCGACAACUCAGACGACGCGGCCAGCGGCGAUGAGACGUUGCAGGUAGCGACGCCGCCCGACGCGGGCAAGUGCGGCGAGGAGUCGCGCUGCGGGCGGGGCUGUCCGCGCGCUGAGGAGCUCAGCAAGAUGUUCCCCACGCCGCCCAGCAUGGAGGCGCACGCCCAGGCCUCGCCCGGCUUCUCGCUGCCCGACGACGCCACGCCGCUGCGCGCCGGCUCCCCGCCGCCCGACCAGGCCAUCGAGGACUGGUCCUACGUGUUCAAGCCGCCCACGCUGUACAAGUACGUGGGCUCCUCCAAGUACGCGCCGCUCACGACGCUGCCCAGCCAGCUGCUGCCGCCCGUCACGCUGCCCGCGCACGCCGUGUACCGGCCGCGCUACCAGGACCACGACCACGAACACGACCAGCCCAAGCCCAGGGGGGACGACGACGCUGACGCCGCGCGCCCGCAAACUGGCGUCAAGCGCUCGGCGCCGCCUACGCCGGAAAGCAGAGAUGCGCGGCCGCGACGGCCUUGUGACACCGCGCAGCCCGGCUCCGGGCCGGGGGCGCGCGGCAGCACGACGACGUCGACGUCCUGCGUGCCGGUGGCCCGGUCGAGCCGGCGCGCCCCCGACGCGCCCCCGGCGGCGCCGCACGCGGCCUGCCCGCUCAUGCUCAACGUGUUGCUGGCAGACACCGUGCUCAACGUCUUCCGGGACCACAACUUCGACAGCUGCACGCUCUGCGUUUGCAAUGCUGGACCCAAGGUUGUGGGCAACAUCCGCGGAGCAGAUGCAGCGACGUAUCUGUCUGGCUGCACGGGUAUGGGCGGGGGCGGGGGCGCAGGGGGCGCGUCCCCCGCGUCGGCGGACGAGGAGCCCUCACACUGCACCUGCGGGUUCAGCGCCAUACUCAACCGACGCCGUGCGCAUCGUGCCGGACUCUUCUACGAGGACGAAAUGGAGAUCACGGGUCUGGCCGAAGAGCCAGGACAGUCCGGUUGCGGCGCGGGGCUGGGCGAGGUGGCGCGCGUGGUGCUGGCGCAGAGCGCGGCGCCGGCGGGCGGGCCGGCCUCCGCCUUGGCGCGCGCCGCCUCCCUCGCCGCCAGCCAUCCGCCCGCUGACGAGCUGCGGCUCAACCUGCUAGAGUACACGGACGGCGGCACGGCGGCGGCGCGCGCGCUGCGUGCGUCGGUGAGCGGGGGCGGCGGCGCGCUGGGCCCGCUGAGCGCGCCGCCCGCCGCCGCCGGCGCCGUGCAUCGCUGGCCCUUCAUCGGCGCACGCGCACCGCGCUCCUCCCGCGACGUUGUCAGAUUAAUGCGGCGAUUAAGACCUCUAUUACAAGACGCCAUCCAGAAGCGUUGUUGUGGUGCGCGCAUGUGGGACGGAGUGACGGGCCCCCUGACGUGGCGCCAGUUCCAUCGGCUGGCGGGGCGCGGCAACGAGGACCUCUGCGAGCCCCAGCCCGUGCCGCCGCUACUCGUGGGUCACGACCGCGACUGGAUCUCGCUCUCACCCUACGCGCUGCGGCACUGGGAGCGCCUGGCGCUGGAGCCCUACUCCUAUGCGAGGGACGUGGCCUACGUCGUGUUGGCCGCCGACUGCGAUGCUCUCACAGAACCGCUUCGAGCUUUCUUUCGCGAGUUAUCUGCUGCCUACGAAGCUUGUCGUCUGGGCCGACAUCAGCCGAUCUCGCGGCUGGCACGCGACGGCCUGGUGCGGUGCGGGCCCAGCUCGCGGGCCGAGCGCGACGAGUGGACGGGCCCUCUACCUCCCGGCCGCCUGGCGUCGCAGCUGCGCGCCUACGGCGACACACUGCGCGGCUCCCUGCUGCCGCAGCUGGCGGCGCUGUCGCUGGACAAAGCGCUGCUGGAGCCCGCGGAGCGCGCCGAGCGCACGGAGGCCAUGCGGCCGCCGUCCACGCCGGAGCACCCCGGCACGCCCGGCGGCGCGAGCGGUGCGGGCGGCGCGGCCGAAGCAGACGCGGAGCCGGCGGCGGGCGCGGCGGCCAGCGCGGCGGGCAGCAGCGCGGGCGCCUGGGACGACGACGAGGCGGGCGCGCCGGCGCUCGUGCUCUACGUCGUGGAGCCGCCCGCCGCGCGCGCCCACCGCCCGCGGGCGCUGCACGCGCUGCUGCGCCUCGCCGCGCGCGUCAUGGACCAUCUGCACCACCACAACCCGCUCGUCAAGAUCAUCUCCCUGGAGAGCGUGUGCGCGCGGUGGGGCCUGGGUUGCACGUCGGAGAGCGGUAGCUCGGGCAGCGCUGCGGCGGGCGCAGGCGGGGGCGCGGGGGGCGCGGCCGACGUGCGUGCGCUGGCCUUCAGCGUGUUCAGCGGGGCUCGCCGCCUGCUGCAGCAUCACGCCAACGGCAAGUCCCUCACCGGCUUCGGCACCGCCGCCGACGCAAACCUCUUCAUACAGGGCAAAGACGAAAAGAACCGCGAGCCAUACAAGUUAUUCUCCCCGGCGUGGGUGCUGGCGGCGCCGCGCGCGCUGAAGGAGGUGGCGGAGACGUGGGGGCAGGGCGGCGGCGAGCAGGGCGGCGUGCUGUUCCUGGCCUACUGCCUCAGCCACGACCAGCGCUGGCUGCUCGCCGCCGCCACCGACGCGCGCGGCGAGCUACUCGACACCGCCGCCAUCAACAUACACGUGCCGCACAGGUCACGGCGACGGCGGAGUGGUCCGGCGCGGCGGUUGGGGCUAACCAAACUUAUGGACUUUACUCUCGGAGUCAUGAGCCAGGCCGCGCAACCCUGGCGGCUAGUCGUCGGCCGAGUCGGACGCAUCGGACAUGGGGAACUGAAAGGCUGGAGCUGGCUGUUGUCCCGCAAGCACCUGGUGCGUGCGUCGGCGACGCUGCGCGAGAUCUGCGGCAGCUGCACCGUGCUGUACCCGGGCGGCGUGCCCUGCAUCCUGUCGGCCUGCCUCGUGUCCACCGAGCCCGACUCCUGCCUGCGCCUCAUGGCCGACCGCUUCACGCCCGACGAGCGCUUCUCGCAGGCCUCCAUACAGUCGCACCUGCACACCCCGCGCGACGUCACCGCCACGCACAUACUCGUCUUCCCCACCUCCGCUACCACGCAGUCAAAUCAGAUGCCUUUCGAGCCACCCAUGGCGAACGGCGAGGACAGCGAUAUGAUGUUCUUAAACGUGGACAUGGGUGAUGAGGAUAUGGGGGAAGACAACAUGACGGACUUGUUGAUCGGCGACAUGUUCAACAACAUGUGGGCCGCCGGCAGCCCGCGUCGCACGGACGACGACCCGGCCGGCAGCCCGCAGGCCCAUCACCAUCACCAGGCUGCCUUCCACCACCAGGACGAUAACACCACUGAGGCGGUGGGUGCGCUGCUGCAGCAGCCCCUGGCGCUGGGCUACAUGGUGUCGACGGCGCCGCUGGGCGCCAUGCCGGCGUGGUGGUGGGCGGGCUGCGCGCAUCUGCGCGACGCCUGCCCCGCCUUCCUGAAGACGGCGCUGCACCUGCACGCCGGCUCGCUGCAGGCCGCCGACGACUACACGUCGCUCACGCAGCGCCGCGACCACAACACGCACCCGCUCGACUCGCAGACCACCACCGACGUGCUCAGGUACGUGCUGGAGGGCUACAACGCGCUGUCGUGGCUGGCCCUGGACGGCAGCACGCACGACCGCGUGUCGUGCCUGCCGCUGCACGUGCAGGUCCUCAUGCAGCUCUACCACACCGCGGCCGCGCUGGGCUAG